AUGGAUCCUUGGUUGGACUCGCUCUCAGAGGAUUGGAUAUCACAGCCUCGGUCAUCGCCUCAGGCUUCAUUGAAUGCGCCGCCUGCCGUGGACACUAGUCAGAUUACCAAUUCUCGCAGCCGUAUACCGCGGUUAAAGGCUCUGCAUGAGCGAACCAAGAGCAGGGAGAGCGUCUCUUCGAAGGCUGCUCCCGUGACGCCCUCCAAGUUGCCGCGAAAUACGCCGUCCGCUGACAGACCUAAAGUUCUGUCACGUACAAACACGGCAUCAACAGCGGACACGGUGCAGCAUAAUACGAUUCAACAUAAAUCCAUAGGCACGUCGCCGGGAAAGGAGUGGGGGUCCGAAGAUACCCCUGAAUGGAAGCGCAAGUUGAUUGACGGAAAUUUUCGAUAUGGCGAGCAGCGGGAUCUGUUCAGCUCUGCGGGGCUAGAAAACAUAUUUCAACGACCUAACCCGCCGUCAGUACGCCAGCCAAAGUGGCGUCUUCCACAGGCCGACAUCAUCAUUGAAGAUCUUCCAUCCUCUCCGCCGAUUUGGCAUUCUUCUGCGGCACCAAGAAAUCCGACACCGCGACGGACGACGACCCCAAGAACGAAUGAGAAGAAACAACGCAAAUAUCUUAGCACUAGCAAUAGAGGAAGUCCCGCAACAAGGUCAUCAUUGGGUAGUAUCAAGAGCCCACGAGUACGGAAAGAUGAAGCAACCGGGUCGAAGAGCGAGCAGGGGAAAGAAACUCCAAUUCAUGCUGCAGACGCACCGCGGAAAGAGUCCUCAGAGCAUCCGGUUCGUGAGGCUCGGGUUGUGACCAACCCUUUUGAAGAGGAGAGCUUCUCGACAAGUACUACUCGACGGCCUUUACCGGUGAAUUCUAGCCCCCUUUUGAGCGUGCCCAAGCCGAUGGAGAGCUCGAGAAGGACUGCAAGCGGACUGGAAGAGGAGCGAAACGAAAGGAUCAGCCCAAUCCUCGUCUCACGCCGUGACCUGACAGAUGGAGGUGUGGAUUAUGCUGCGCUGGACGCGUCUGAAAUACAGAUGUUGCGGGAAUUAGGAGAACUUGACUUGAGCGACAAGGAAGGCAACCCAUCCUUUGAUAAUACACGAUCUGAGCAGUUGGAGUAUUCCAGGCCGGAAUUCGGCUCUAGUCAGCAGUCGGAUCGCUGGAUGAAUCAGUCCCUUCCCGCGGAUCUUUCGACAGGCACAGAGCAGCCACUGCGAGGAAGAAUGGGCUUUGCCAACAUCAGAACGAGAGCUAACCCCAACGAUGAUUCCACCCGCCGUCGUAGCCCUAGUCGAUCUUCCUUACCUUCAAUCAUCUUAGAUGACGCUUCGGAUCAGGAAGGUGAAGGGGAAAGCGGGAUGCUUUCUUCGCCUGAUCGAGGGCUCCACACAAGUCUCACGGACAACAACUCGCUACAGCCUCCAGCCCCGACACCUCCAGCAUUUCUCAAAACCCCUAGUGGAAGUCCAGACCGAAACGGAGACGGAGCGACAUAUGUUCAUCCAGCCGUUAGUCCUUUAAAGCUUUUUGGGAACUAUGAUACCUUUACCAAUGAUCGGCUGCUUCGAAGAAUGAGUCAGAUAGAGGACAGCGUGUUUCAAGAUGACGAGGAAGAUGGUGGGAAGGGAGACAUUGUCUCUGCGGCAAAGAGAAAUCUUGAUCCUUUCUCCGUGGAUGCGUCCGAGAACGCAAUCGAAGACUCUGACGAUUCUUCUCCGGAGAAUGAGGCCGAGAAUAGACCAACUUCUCGACCUCACAUGCGCAAUCACUUCUCAGAAAAUGGUUUCGGUAAAGGCGGUCUUGAUCAAUAUCGCUUUGAGCAGGCAGUAUCGCCGCCGUGGGUCAGAGCUGAUCAGCAAGAAGAUGAGAGCGAGACCAGGCGCCCGCUUUCCGAGCUAAAUUCCGCAUCUCACACACAAUUCAACUUUCACCUCGAACCCCCUCAGGAUUCUUCAACCGGUGAAAGCGUUAUUGUCCAAGUGUCAAGAGUAGCCCAUCGGAAACCCUCUCAGCACCGCCAGGAAUCUAUAUCUAAUAGGGUGGAUCGAGCUUCUAGAGGAUCGCCUCAACGUCCGUACCAGGCUGGCGGCGGAAAAGAAAACCUCCGUCAGGCUGACGGAAAGCGGGCACCAGCCACUCCAUAUAAAAAUCGAACACCGAAAAGACGCCGCACCCUCCAAGAAUCGGACAUUAUUCAAAUGGGAACGAGCCCAGAGGACGUCCAGAACGCACAACGUGCGCAUCAGCAAAUGCAAUUUGCUAUGGAUGACACCACGAAUGCUUCCCCCAGCCAUAAUGACUACAGCGAAGGUAUGCUCGAAAUUAUAUCGCCAGACCAAUUUCCACGCCCGAGGACCCCUACUCCUCAUCAACAUCCAUACAAUGGAGCAGAGUCGGUGCUUGAUCAGGAUACCAUUGCUGAGAUUCGAGAAUCCCUCGGGUCGCUUCUUAUCAAUGAUCAUUCACCAACAUCACAUGCUGCGGAUAACAUUUCAAUGGCAAAAAGAGACGCUGUCAAGGAAGAGUUGACUGCUCUGAAGACAAACCUGGACAGGAAAAUGAUGAAAGAUAACAGGAGGAGCUCUGUAACAACACAGGACUUCCUAGACGAGGCUAUGAAAAUCAUGAGCUUCAUUCGAGCGGGAGGACGUCCGGGAAGUCAACCUUUUGAUCUUCAAGAAUCAGACAUCAGAUCUAGUGUCAUUGAUGAAGGGAGCAUAAUCACAGAAGAUAUUCGCCCAAUGAGCGGGACCUCCUUCUCCGAAGUGCAACAUCACGCGAAUAACAGAGGACCCGUUUUGAGGGUGCCGCGGCCGCCAGACGCACGAAUUUUGACUCCCGUAAGGGAGUUUGACGAGAGCUACGAGCCUGACCUAACCGAAGAUCCUUUUGUGGAAAUUUCAUCAAAUUUAGCCAGUCGCCGGAGUAGUAGCUCGGCUCAUCGUGAAAAGCUGUCUGAACGUGCAAGAAGUGCUUCAUCUAACGGAGAUAUGCAGGAUAGUGAUGGCCAACGCAAGAGAAAACACUCUGCGUCGUCGACUGUUGAGUCGAGCUUUGGACUUGCAAUGUCCAAGAUGAAUUCCCACAGCUCUUUGGUAUCAUCAAAUCCUACGAAUACGACAGCGUCAUCUAAACGGUCGGAAGCUCGACGUGUCAUUGCACCGAACCAAGUGUCACACUUAAUCUUUGGCCAGAUUGCUGGAAUGAGAUUCGAUCCUCUUAAAAAGGCUUGGGUCAAAGGCAGACAAGAUAGUGCUGAGAGCAAGCGACCUGAAAGCGAGAGCUUCGUGUCCGAGGGCAGUGAAGAAGACCCAUUGCGAGGCAUACCUGACUUGACUGUCGAUGAGACAGAGGAGCUGCGUCGAAUCAAACAAGCACGUAUUAACGAAAACCGCAGCCAGAAUGAUGCAGCAGAUUCCGUCCUCGGGAACAGCGGCGUGAAACAAAGAAUUGGCCUGGGCCAAAUAGAACUGAAGGCUCCAGCCAAGUCUCGAUCAUCGUCAAAGCAAGAGCCAGAGGUUCCGGAAAAGCUGCCCGAAUCAAGCUCCGGUCGAUCCACCUUUAUACAUCUUACAUCCGACGGACCCACGACAUCUACUCGCGCCACAUCUUGGGGACAGGAGAUGAUAAAAACUGCCAGUUCGAACGAAAAAGAGCCCAAAAAUGAAAUUUUGGCAACCCCAGAAAAAACAGAUUCACAAUGGGAGCCCACGCUUUCCAUGAAUCAAGGUGGUGACGACUUUGCACUGCAAGAGGACGACCCUAUACCUCAGCGAGAGGAGACUCUUGACUUUUCAUCGCCGAUAGUGUCACACAGCCCGGAGCACAAGCCCAAGAAGCCUGUCUUCUGGCCACAGAAUGACCUGAGUGGGAUCAGCAUCGAUGACUCUGACUUGGAACAGUCUCCCCAGUUUGUAAAGGCUGAAAGCGCUCAAGCAGCUCCGCCAAGGCGCGCAUCGUUUGGGUUUAAGCCCAAAUCGUCCGUGUACCGAGGGCCAGCUCGUCGUACAUCAUUUGCUGGACCUUCUUUUGGAACACGGUCUAUUUCCCGUAUCGACGAGCAGCGUGAAAUUUCCUUCUGUUGCACACCACGCCAGGCACGUAAUGUUAGCUUCAACUUGACGCUAACAACCCCUAUACCUAUUCGCAGCAGUCCUGGUGAUAAGUCUUUGGUUCCGCCUCCCACAGCUGGAAACCGCUCACAUGUGAGCUUUCACCUGGCCCCACUACCGGAUUUUACCAUCAAUCAAGCCGACGAGUCGCUCCAGUUAGACGUGAGCUACGUUGCCCGAAGAUGCGGCUCGCUCUCUGUCAAGGAAGUAGAGGGCAAUUUUACCACUGCAGUGAAGGAGUUGGUGAAGAAUUUGGUUGAGGUGGAGCCUUAUGAACCGUACUGGGACUAUAUUCGCGACCUUGAUCUUAACGGCAAGGGACUGGUCACUUUGCAUUCGCUCGAGAACUUUUGCAACCGCAUCGAAGUGCUGGAUGUGUCGAACAAUGAGCUUGGUCAGAUAAGCGGUGCUCCCGGGACUUUGCGAACGCUGAUUGCGCAGCAAAACUAUUUGUCAGGAUUGAGUGCUUGGGGCCAUCUCCACAACCUGCAGUAUCUGGACGUUUCUGGCAAUAACAUUGAUAGUCUGGAAGGAUUCUGCGGUUUAAUUCAUCUCAGAGAGCUUAGAGCGGACGACAACAAGGUUACAAGAUUAGACGGGGUAUUUGAGAUGAACGGUUUGAUCAAAUUGAGCGUCAAGGGCAAUCAAAUAAAAAAGGUGGACUUUGGGGAAGCAAACAUGAGAGAACUUUCUCAUCUCGACAUUGCAGGCAACGAGCUGACGGAGGUUCUCAAUCUUCAUAAGCUCUCUUCCCUGGUCCAUCUCAACCUUGAUGACAAUAACCUCACCACAUUCUGUCCAGACAAGGCCAAACCCAUGCGUCAUCUCCGCUCGCUGCGCUGUUCCGGAAACUUCCUUACGUCCAUUAAUGUCUCAGCCUUGCGUAACCUACGCGAGCUUUUCCUGGACGAGAAUUGUCUUCGUCACGUUGAUGGCAUCGAUGCAUUGCGCAACCUCGACAUAUUCUCUCUUCAAGACCAAUACACAAGGUCCAAUCUCCGUAACCCUUCAAGCAAUCAGGGUAGCUCCACUUCGUCAGAUUCGACAACUAUCUCGCAAAUUCUCCGCCUUGAUCAGUCCCACUGUGAAGCACGAAAGCUUUAUCUCUCCGGCAACCCUGAUCCACUUACAUCUUUAUUUUCUCUUCUGAAACCCGACCACAACUCCUCUGUCCCUCCGCUCUACCCAUCUCUUCACCCGAGGAACACAUUUGCCUUUUUCAACAUCCAACAUCUCGACCUCUCAUCCUCCUCGCUCACCACACUCCCCGAAAGUUUCGGUCCAACAUUUGCCAAUACCCGCGUACUCAACCUCAAUUUCAACGCGAUCAAAGACAUUGGUCCCUUGCUCGGUCUCAAACGCAUAACAAAACUUCUUCUCGCAGGCAAUCGAAUCAACCGACUCCGCAACACCAUCUCCGUCUUGUCCAGAUUCCGGAAUACCCUGCAGAAAUUAGAUCUCAGGAAUAAUCCAAUUACUAUGGGGUUUUACCCGCCCAGCGCAGUCGCGGAACUUGCGUCGCAGGACCAACUUGCUGUCCGCAGGCGUAGGAAUUAUUCUGUCAAAUCUACCAAGUCUGACGACACUUCUGGAAAAGUUGCGCGACAGCAGCGGCUAAGCAAGAAACGCAAUGGCCCUGGACACACUCGUCUAGCUACCACUCGAUCAUCAGCCUCGGGUAGCAAGAAAGCCAGGGGGAUCUUUGAUGGGAAAUUAUUCGGAAAGCCUCUUCACGGGUAUCUUUCCGACGAUGCCGACAAUGGCCAGUCUUCGUCCCGACGGAACAGCUUCGGCAGUAUAUCCUCUGAUGAUACUGACAACGACGAUGACGACAAGGAUGAUGAUGACUCGGAGGAUACAGCAGAGCACCAUGCCGAGAAAGAAGCAAGGCUGUAUUACGACCGUCUGGACAAAGAUACGCGCUUACGCAGAGACGUGUACGAAAUGAUGCUCGCCGAUGCGUUUAGUCUCUCGUCUAUCCCUGCGAACAAGAGGAAGAAGAAGAAGACCACAGGAGGAUUGUCAGACACGUCGACUACUCAGCCGAGAGGUCCACUGCGCUGGGUAGACGGUCUCAAGUUCAGCACGACACAGGUCCUCUCUCGCGCGGGAACGAGCAUGAAAAAGGAACAUGAGAGACUUGUGGAGCUGGGUGUAUUGCCCCGCCGCCGACGGUCAUCCUCUCAGCCGAUGCCGCGUACUUCUUCCUCUUCUUCAUGA